CUUGCAGCCGCCGAAAUUUGUCCAAGCAGGGGGAAGCUCUGAUACAGUUCAACUCGAGGUUAGCAGCAGCAAGAGAACCUCUGCAUUUAUGAGCCAUUGAUAGCCAUGGUCGCCGCCGUACAGUCCCUGAGGCUGUGUGCGCGGGCCUGCAGCCGCGCCCCGGCUCCGCGGAGAAUAGCACCGCAAUUCGUGCAUUCUACGAGAACUUUCUCUUCGACGCGAGCGAGGCGUGCUGACGAGCACGAUGCGCCCACCAAGACCGAGGACCAGUCUGCCAAGGCCACAACCUCCAAGGCCCCCCAAAAGGUCGCCGGAAAGAGGUCUGACAAGGUGGUACUGGGCCUCCAGGAGGGUAUGAACGAGGACGAGAAAGAGGCAUUCCGGGCGUUGCUACAGUACGCGGACCACAAAAAGAUAGGCUUGCCUGCCCGAUGGACACAACGGAAAUCCGAUCAAGAUCUUGAGGCUCAAGCAGAGCGCCUCGAGGAGCAUAUGGCUGGUGCCACGGUCCUGUCCGCGGAAGAGGACGAAGCGUUCAAGGAUCUGGAUCGUGCAUUCAACAGCCUGGACGAGGUGGCCUCGGAAAUCAACCAGAACCCGAAAAUCAACAAGAGGUCGUUCUGGGGCGAGGAUGAGGAGGAUCCAGACUAUCUUACUGAAGACAUCGACGAGGACGACUUCAGCGAUGAAGAUAUCAUGAGUUUAGCUCAUGGAAAGCUUGAGGAACACCGAGAGUUCAGGGAGUACGCUCGCAUUGCAGCAUGGCAGAUGCCUCUGCUCAAUAAGCUUGCGCGCCCAUUUGAGCCACCGACAAAAGAAGAAUGCCUGCGAUUCCGAUACACAACGUACAUGGGAGAGAACCACCCAGCUCAGAGCAAGGUCGUUGUUGAGUUCUCAACGAAAGAUCUGCCGCUCAACGGAAAGCAAGCACAGAAGCUCUGGAAGCUGCUCGGCCCCAGGUGGAACCCGGAGACCAAGGUUGCCAAGAUGAGCUGCGAGCAGUUCGAUCAUCAGGCACAGAACAAGCGAUACUUGGCCGACCUCGUCAACAAGCUCAUCGCAGAAGCAAAGGAUACCACUGAUACAUUCGAGGACGUACCCCUAGACACAAGGCACCACCAGAAGGUGGUCAAGCCCAAGUUCCCCAAGGAGUGGUACUUGACGGAAGCACGUGUGCAGCAGCUUGAGGACCAAAGACAGAACGCCUUGUUAUUGGACCAGUCCAAGGAGGAUGCAGGCUCGCUGGUUGACGGCGAUGAAAUAGUCGUAAGGCAUUUUAAGCAACCAGAGAUGGCUGCCAUACCUGCGUUCAAUCGUGCACCGAGUCUGUUUCCGGGUAAACCAGGCCCGAAACCGAGACGCAUGGCAUAGGAUGGAGAAGUCAAUUGGAUGUAUUAUAUUAGACCAGCGCAUCGACGUUAAGAGGUCGAUUAUGUACAAAUGUAAAAUACUGUACUGUGGCAUACUGAUGAUAUCGUUGGACAGCUCCUGAUUAUGGCUGAGAGGAGUGGCUCGUAUUGUGCAUCGCGACAGCGGUUAGAACCGUCCUGACACGAUUUACUGUAGCGUAGAUGGCUGUGACCUGCAACAGUAUAUUUUCACGUUGUUCACUUAUAAAAGUCAAUCAAAACAUUGCAAAACAAAUGUUUCGGCAUGAGAGAGGGUAUAUUAUGGGGUAUCGUUCAUCAUCAUUAUUAUGGCCGCAAGCUGUAGCUGAUGCUAUGGUACAGUCGGAGAAGU